AUGGCUCGGUUCACCCUCUCUUGCUUGUCUUUGGCACUGUUCCUCACCACCCUUGUUGAAACGACGACUGCCCUUCAGCUCCCAUGGUCAACACCCAGGACACAAGUCGAUAGCUUGCCGUCUCAAAGUUUUACACAGUGGAUGGCCAAUUAUGCCCGUGCAUAUGAGCACGCCUCAGAUCAAGAAUCGCGUUUGAAAAUAUUCGAAGACAAUGCGAGAUUCAUAGACUCUGUAAAUGCUGAGAAGCGACCGUUUAAGCUGAAGGCCAACAUGUUUGCAGAUAGGACCAAAGAUGAAUUAAGGUUCUUGCGUAUGGGGUUCAGGCCUCCUAUUAAUGCUUCCAAUUUCUCCUCAGCCUUCAUGCAUGAGUAUGAUAAUGUGUCGGUGCCUCAGAGUUUGGAUUGGAGAGAGAAAGGCGCUGUAACUCCUGUCAAAGAUCAGGGUUUCACUUGCGGUUCCUGCUGGGCUUUUGGUGCCGUGGCUGCCGUCGAAAGCAUAACUCAGAUCAGGACUGGAAAAUUGGUGUCUCUAUCUGAGCAAGAAUUGGUGGAUUGUGUCAAUACAACCAGGAGCCAGGGGUGCAAAGGGGGCUUUAAGGAAGAUGGAUUUCAAAGCAUCGUGGACAAUUGCGGUUUAAGUACUGAGGCUGAAUAUCCAUACCGCGGUGUGAGCCGCACAUGCAACACCGAGGAACCUUCUACUUGGGUGGCCAAAAUUAAAGGUUACAGAUACAUACCACCGAACAAUGAGAAUGCCUUGCUCAAGGCUGUUGCCAACCACCCGGUUGCUGUAUCUAUAGACGCUGGAAGUAAGGCCUUCGGAUUUUACUCUGAGGGGGUCUUCACCGGUGAGUGUGGAACCAAUUUGGAUCAUGAAGUCUUGAUUGUUGGCUAUGGAAUAACUGAGGAUGGGUUGAAAUACUGGUUGGUAAAGAACUCUUGGAGCACAGAAUGGGGGGAGAGAGGAUACAUAAGGAUGCAACGCGAUGUUGCUGCACCUGAAGGCAUAUGUGGGAUUGCAAUGGCUGCCUCCUAUCCGAUUGCCUGA